CGGUGAGUCAACCCAGUAGUUGGCUGGGAGCGCUUCUCUGAAUUCCUCAUCUGUCAGAUGGUUUGAGCUGUGGACAUAACUCCGGUGUAUAGAAAAACCUCCAUGCAGCUUCCGUUCUGAUCAACACGACGUGGUCCAUAAUGUUGAAAGUCCAGGCUCAAGUGCUCCUGGUGCUGCAAGCUGUUUAUUGUUUGGAACCUGGAGUUCCCGUUUAUUCACGUGCAAUGGACCUCCCAUGGCAGGAUGAGCUGUGCUGUGACUCGCCCUCUGCUAAUGUUCUAGCAAAGACAGGGACUAAUGAGUCUGAUUUCAAUCUCCCACACCCUUUAAGCUGUAUUUUUAGGAGCUCCAUUGAAUCAUCACCUUCAAAGCAUCCAGGUGCUACCUGUUUGGACAUAAUGUGCAGACUGGAUGAGAAUUGGGCAAAUGUGACUUGUGAUCUGAAGACUAAUGGCCAGCUCUCUGACAGACUAAAGACAAAUCGCUUGGCACUCAGCUUACAGCCCCUUUCCCAGAUAAACCGCACAGAUGAGCCUGCAUCUGAUCAUCGGCUUGUAUGUACUGCAGAAGAAUCGCUCAUGUGCUCAAUUCAUCUCAAUUCAACUAGAACCUUUGGUGUCUUGGUAACAGUCAACAUCUCCAGCGUUGUGGCUUCAACAGUGUUGCUUAAAAUUCCUGACAGACCUGUGAAACCUAGUCCUCCAUUCAACAUCUCACACAAUCAUACUUUGGAGGCAGAGCUCAUUCUCAGCUGGAAAAAGCCAUUAAACUUAAGCAAUAAAAUGCUAAAAUAUGAAGUUCGCUAUUCCUGGAGAAGUUUCAGCCAAACCUUGCAGGUGGUGUCUGCACUUGAACAGCCCUAUCUAUCACUAGAUUUGGAACCCUCAAAGUACACUAUCCAGGUUCGCUGCACCACCCAAACCCAGCCUCCACUGUGGAGUGACUGGAGCAAGCCUUACAUCAUAUACCUUGAAAGUGUGACCUAUGUUCCUCAGGAGGUGGUGGCUCGACCGGGUGAAAAUGUAACGGUUUAUUGCGUGUUAAAGGACCGCAAUGCCAGCAGUGCCAAUUGGUCUUUCAAUUAUCAGAAGUGGCUUGAUCCCAGUCUGUAUCAUCCUGUCAGCCAGCAGGUCAGCAAGAUCACAUUCAGGGCUUCAGACACUGGGAUGUAUUACCUGCUGCGGUGCAGACAUGAUUGGAGUAUUCCUUAUACCAAGAUCUUUGUGGAAGGAGGCAGCAUCAACAUAACAUGUGUAACCAACGGCGACAUCGACACUAUGACGUGCAAAUGGGAUAAUAAUGAGAAGACCAAACUCAAAUUCCAAUCCAAGAGUGCUGACAUGUCAUGUGAGGACAUGAAGAAAAUAGAGAGAGGCAGUAAGAAUGUAGGAGAGACGGGACCUGAAUGCACACCAAACUUGUCUUCUCAGAAAACCUGCUCUAUACAUCCAUUGAAGACUAAUAACUGCUACAAACUGUGGCUUGAAUUACCAUCCCCCCUCAUCAGAUCCAAGCCUGUCUACGUUUUCCCCCUAAAUUAUGUUAAACCUCACCCUCCAGCUGAUGUGGUGGCAGUGACCCAGAGCAAGGGGAUCCUGCAUGUUUCCUGGACGCCUCCCCCUCUGCCUGUUGACGGCCUGCAGUGUCAGUUUCGCUACCAUUCCCUCAGUGUGAUAGAGUGGAAGUUUGAGAAGUCUGUCCAUGUUUCCUGGGCGGAGGUGGAGAUACCAGACAUGUGCCAGGUCUAUGAGAUUCAAGUACGCUGCCUGCCCAAAAAUGGGUUUGGAUACUGGAGUGAAUGGAGUGAGCCUGUCCAAUCCACCAUUAAAAACAGCAGAGCUCCUGAACGUGGGCCUGAUUUCUGGAGAAUAAUUGAAGAGGAUCCAGACACAAACAAGUCUAACGUCACUCUGCUUUUCGAGACUUUCCAACCAAAUUGGGAUUCCUACUGUGUGGAUGGAUUUAUUGUCCAGCACCAGGCCUCGCAUGGAUCUAAACAGAGGAGGCGGAUUGAUAUAAUGUCCUCCUACAGCUUUGAGUGGAAUCACGAGCUCCAUAUUGUGACUGUGGAAGCCUACAACAGUCUGGGGAGCUCCGUUAACAACGUCAACAUGACGCUGGAGUAUCAGCCUAAACGUCGCUGUAUCCAUUCAAUCCAUGUUUCGCUUAUAAACAGCACCUGUGUGUCUCUGUCCUGGAGUCUCUUGCACAUUAGACCUGUUCCCCUCUUCCUGGUGGUUCAGUGGUUCCCAAAAAAGGAGCAGGACUCUAAAGACUUCGGUCUGAGCAAACAAACAUGGGCCAGGCUGCCCUACACCAACCCCCCUGUCCAUUUACGAGGAGUUUUUUUUAGUUCGGAGGAGUACGACUUUCACUUAUAUCCAGUCUUUGCUGAUGGAGAAGGAGAACGCAUUUCCACAUUACUAAAUACAAGAACAUCUCCAACCUACAUCAUGCUAAUAUUCAUCUUGAUUAUUAGCAUUGCUGUAUUUCUGAUCCUGGUUCUCUCCCAAAACCAGAUGAAAAAAAUCAUAUGGAAGGAUGUUCCAAACCCGAACAAUUGCUCAUGGGCUAAAGGACUAGACCCUAAAACGAUGGAAAACUUUGAGUACACGUUUCGAUCUUCAGAAGGUCUACAAGCCUUGCCUCUACCGACUGAGAAGUUCUCUAAAGUUAUUGUCGGGAACAAAGCUCUGGCAGAAGCCUUGGUCCAGACCUCAAUGUCUCCUGACUCUUUUAUUCCUUCGACUAACACCGUUCUGCAAUACUUGAAUCCAAGAAAAGAGCAGCUGCUGGAGUGUGACCUAGUCUUUGAUAAAGCCAGUGUUCCUAAAUCUGUAACAAAUUUUAAUAUUACUAGUUAUAAACUACAGCCAGGCAGUGCCUUGGAAGAACGGGGUUCAGGGUCCACUAACGGCUCUGCUCGGUCUUCAGUGACAUACUCAAAGGUCCUGCUCACCGAUGCAAAGGAGGAACACCUGCCUCCUCAUCUCCACAUCAAUGAUGGAAGUCGGAGCAGCUCUAGCGAUGAAGGAAACUUCUCAGCAAACAACUCUGAUACCUCUGAAUCAGUCACCAGUGGACUGUGGGAAUUGGACAGCUGUCGUGGUACAGAAUCGGAUGAUCAAAGACACUCUGGCUCUUACAACUCUUUCAGAAAGCUUUCUGAAACAUCAGAGAAAGAAAAUGAACUAGAUAUGAGGCAAGACAAGCCUUUAAACUAUCUAGAAAUUAGACAUCCACUGGAGGAUGAGGAAAGUGAGGAAGAGAAUCCAAAAAGCGUGCUCCUGAAAACUGCACAUGUGGAGUUGCAUCAUCAGCUCAACCAGGAGGAAGUUAUGGAUCCCAGUAAGCUACUGCAAGCUUGUAGCUCACUGUACAUGCCUCAGUACAGGAAGCAUGAAGCAAAUACCAUCCCACACACAUGACAACCAGCUUUUAUUACAGUGUGUACCAGUGUCUUGUGACGCAUGUCAAUGCCAUUUACCACAGUGUUCCUACCCUGGAAAAGACUGCUCCUCGGGCACCGCACAAUGGCAGCCCACUGCUCUCCAAGGGGAGGGGUUAAAUGCAGAGGGUGAAUUUCGUUGCUAUGUACUUGUGACAAUGUAAUGACAGUAAAGGUUAAAGGUUCUAUUCUAUUUAAAAAUAUCUCAUUGUAUAGUUGAUUCAGUGUAUGUUCCUUUGUGGUGCAGAAAAAAA